ACUUGGCAGCUGAAUGCCACCCUCAUCUCGCGAUGCCACUGGGCCACCAUGCACAGGGGCUGCGUCCCUCCUUUGCCAGAAACCUGUUUCGAGGGCAUACGUGGCAGUCCUGACAACCAAUGGAAAGAGUGUGAGGCAGCACUGCCCCCCGAGGGGCGGCAGAAAAGCGCCUUGGGGCACGCGCCCCCAACUGUAGCAUGAUGAGCGCAUCAGCGUGUUGGGCCGCCAUCGCCUGCGUCCCAAUACGUUCCUCCGGAGCACGGUACUUUCUGUCAGAUGGCCACAUGUCGAAAGAACGUACUUUUGUAGCGCUGGUACUUUCGUAGUGCCGUAUCGUUAUGUGCCUCAAAGGGUUGGUCGUGGUCCUGACUGCCUUGUGCCCUCCGCGACGUCGUCCUCGACAACAUAUCGACUUCUUUGGAACUUGUACCUGGCUGUGAGGAGACUCGCACAUGCCGCAUAUCCCUCUUGGGCUUCGUGCGCAAUGAAAAGAAUAUCAUCGCGCUGUCCGAACCAAAGUACGUCACAUGGCCACGGCUGAAAUGCAGUUGGGGCACGCCCAGCCACAGUCCUGUGAGCCCGCUUCAGUCGCGGAGUCGUCUAGACAUGAUCCUCUGGGGUCAGACGCGCCCAGUCCAGUACGAGAGCUGCCACGAAAGUUCACGCAGAAAGAUUGGGACGCCCACAAGGCAGAAAUUAUGAGGCUAUAUAUCGACCAGAAUCUUGCAGUAAGAAGUGUUCGGAUGUUUAUGGAAGAAAUUUACCUUCUUCAAGCCUCAGACAAACAGUACAAAGAUAGGUUCAAAAAGUGGGGAAUAUCGAAAAACAUCUCCAAAGAAGCAUGGAACGCUGUCGUUCGCAAGUCUCGGGAUCGUGCAGCUGCUGGAAAAGCUUCGUCAAUACAGGUCCAUGGGAUCCCAAUCAGUAGCGCGAAGCUUGCACGUUACAUGCAUGAUAACCCCUCGAUACCUCCAAAUUCACCAGAGCGAGCUGUAACGCCGUCAGAUGUAGACGUUCACACUCCAGAAGAGUCAUCACCUCGCUCUCCACGAAGCUCAGGCCUACUGCUUGAUUCUGGAAAUAUGUCGCCCUCGGCUGACAGGUGGCGUCACGGCCCAGCUCCUAUUGCAACUACACUUGCCUAUCCACCCCUCUAUAGAAAAGAAGUUCGCAUGGAUGAACCUGUGUAUACGGAACUCCAAAGAAAUGAGGCUGGGAUCUAUUUAUCGGACCCCGUUGCAGAAGAACGCCGCAGUUCAUUGUUCCGUGGUUCUGUACUUCUGAUUCUUUGGGAAAACGACAGGAGCAGUAAUUUGUCCUUGCUUCAGCAGCUUGCAGCCGGGUUUCAGCGCAAGUUCAUGCUUGAUACAGAAAUCUGGAAAAUCCCCAUGGAAAAAUCACAGUUUCGAGUACAUAUGAAGGUGUUGGAAUUCGCGCAGCAAAGCGAGAAAUACCCGCUUCUCGUGGUAUGCUACGCAGGGGACGGGAGGUUGACCACACAACGUCGGCUGGAAUGGACAAGCCCAGCGAAAGCUAGCGAUGAGACAAUCCAAACAGUGAAAUGGUCUGGAAUCCAGUCGGUUCUAGAGGAGGCGAAAUCCGAUGUUCUCCUCAUAUUCAGCUGCUGUGCUUCUAUGGUCAGUAAUCCUGACUGUCAUGGCGCGCUGGAAUGUAUUGCUGCAAGUGGUUUUGGGACGGGAGAAAAUUCGGCGGAGCCGUUCUUCAGGAGCUUAAUACAAGUAUUAACGGAACUCAGAACGUCGUCUAACCCAAUAGCAGUCAUCACAAUCUACGUAAGUCUACUGGGGUGUCUACACCAAAUGAUACAAGCUGGUGCAGUGGGAUUGUCGACACCUGUGCAUACAUCUAUGAACCACGAAAGCACGAGAAGCAUCAUACUUUCUCCUGGAUCCACUCCAUUUGGUUUUGAAUCAUCGAUGCUCCCUACGGGUUCAGAAUAUCAGUCAAGCAUUAGCACUUCCAACUCGACCGCAGGAAAGAAGCGUAAACGAGCAUCGAAGGACGUCCGUAGAGAAAGACCAUACCAGUGUACUCACAUUAAAUCAGACGGUACAUAUUGCCUGAAAGAAAACACGUACUGGGCCGAUUGGAAACGCCAUGAGGAAACGCACUGGCCUCAGAGGCGCUGGGAAUGCCUUCUCCAGGGGACAAAUGAAAGUGUUACUUGCCAUGUCUGUAAUGGAACGGUCGAUUUAGCUGGGCAACACUCCAACUCCCAUGCCCUCUGUAUAGGCAACGUUCUAAGGAUGGGGCAUGAGUUUCAUCGUAAAGACAAGCUGAUCCAUCAUGUUUUAGAAGCACACGGGUGCAGAGCUAAUGUCGAUACAUGGUAUGUGGACAUCCACUCUGAUUGGAAACGGCAGUGUGGUUUUUGUGGUGCGGUUUUCACAACUUGGGAUGAAAGAUGUACCCACGUCAGCGAACAUUUUGCUGCGGGUCUGAGAAUGGUCCCGGAUUGGAAAGAUCCUUGGCCAGAUGAUCACGAGAAUGCCGACAACGAUAACAACGAAAACGAUGACUGACGACCGCAAGAAGAGCCGUUGGAGAUAUCAUGGACUUUGUGCUGUGGCCUGAAAAUUCUCUGGAUAAUUUUCUAUCCUCAUGCGAGGCAUUCCGGUCAACCACCACUGGAAACAGGAAGUUGGCUUGUGGUGACGCGAAUCCAAAAUCGCAAAGGAUGCUCGGUCGGUUCCAUUGUCGCGGAGACGUCUGCUCAUGUGGAUGGAAGGUCAUCACAACGUGACGGGGGAUGCGUCAAAGAAUGCCCCGCACGUAGACUAGAUAUGGGCAGUACUUUAGAUUUCACUUGCUUCAAUCGCUAGAGGCUUGCUUCUCGUGUUGAUCUCGCUACUGUCUGAUAUGCCAAAUAAAACACGUCACAUUGAUACGUACGUAGUCUGCACAGAAACUUGCCUUUCUCAUCCCCCCGCCAUGUAAUCAAACCAGAAUCAUCGAAGUGGCAGGCUUACCUUUUCAAUAUUAUACCAACCGGACUAUGUCCAUGUGUCCGUGAAUACUCUUCCCCUCCGAAUCCCAUUCCUUCAUAGCCACACCGAUGUUUUGAUGACCUGUUGGAGUACACCAGGAGUACCAGGAGGCUUCGGCACCAUUCCAGCACCGGCCACCUGUGGAUAUAUAUUGAUUGCAAGCACAUAACCCGUGCUCGACGCCAUUUCUUCCCCUCAAGCUUGCCGUAGCGAUGUGAAAAUGGACAUGUUUGCGGAAUCAUCAUUGAAGCAACCUCACCCCCGACCUUGAAGGCAAGAACCAGCCUCACCUUCGAAAACAACAGCUCUUGCUUAAAGAGACCUCAUGUCUAGAUAAAGUGCCUUUGGACAUUGAGGCAGCAAAAGUUGGAAGUUGUUGAGUAAGGGCCAAUAUGGAUGCCUCGGAUAGACGAGGCCCCAUUUGAAGUAUGAAAAAGCUGUGCAGGCAAGCUAUGUAUUGUCUGUCAAUCAUGUCCAGACAAUGGAUCUUACCAAAGGGAAGCCUAGCUAGAUUGUGACGAGGGGGAUUUGAAGAUUGUGGAGGCAGUGGACAUGGCACACCAUGCUGUUGCCAUUAGUGUUCCCUCGAGAAAUUUCGUUUAUGAAAGUUACAACAUGCUUCUGGUACAGUAUAAUAAGGACGAAGUCG